UCUCCAACUCCGAAACUGAUAGGAUGGAUAACUGACCUAAAAAUUAAAAGCGAUCGAUUCUUUACGAUUUUUCCCUCUUUCAUUUCACUUUCCCUCUCGAGCUCGAUAAGCGGGGCCGAAUUGUCUUUCAAUUAUUUUUAGGCCAUUAAAUCCUCUCUACGUCCAACAGAUACUCCGCUCCGCCAUUCCACUGCUUUUCCCUCUUCCGAUUUUGUUUUUCUUUUUCUUUCAUCUUUUUUCUCCGUUGUUUUUUUAUUUCUCUCUCCUUUGCGUUCUCUACUAUAGCGACCUACAAAUUCUCUGUGACGUCGUGAGUACGAUGUCCUGCCAUUGGGCGAUUCGGUGGUCUGUGGGGUUUACACGAGAGGGAAAGUGCCCAUAAUCUCUUUCAUGCAUGUCAUGAGCGGAAAAGGGUAGAUUUUCUCACUUUCCCUUAUCUUCCGUUAGAUAGAUGGCUGGGAGGAAUCUGACAGGGGAAAGCGGCGCAACAUUUUGGUUGUCUUCAGUUUCGGUUUACGGAGGGAAGCGCAGAAGCAUACACAAUCAACAAGUUGUUUGGGUUUCGUAACAAACCGUGCCUCGCAGAUGACGUGACGUGAACUUGGUGUCUGUUUCAGAUUUGACAGAAUGGCAAUGGGACUUAGAACCGUUGGGAGAACUUCAACGAGGAAUGGUGUUUUCGCCUUGGUUUGUGGAUGAAAAAUCGAUACUUCUCUUCGUGCAAGCUGCUUUGUUCCGAGACUGUUUUGAUGGCAGCGUGUGGCUAUUAUUUAUUGAUUUAGCUACCUUGUUAUAAGACUGUUUGGUGGCAUCGUGCGACUGUCAUUUAUUGUGGUUAAACAUUGUGGUUCUUGGACAUGUGUUAAUUUUAUCAAUGGAGUGAAAGAUAAAUUUUCAUAUGCAGUUCCAGAUGCCAUAACUUGUUAUGAUUGAUUAAAAACUUUCACCGGAAUUUUUUGUUUGUUAAAUGACAUCUAUCAAUUAAAAAACAUACUAUAUUUAGAAAAGGCAUCAAAGAAAUUGCUGAAACGGUUUUUUAAAAAGUAGUGUCACAUUAUAAAUUGCUGGCGACUGUUAAAGAAACUUUAUUCAAGAAAACUGAUUUUAGGUUUUACUGAAAAAACUGAAAUUAAAUAUAUGAAUUAAAAUUUUGUCUUACCUAAUUUCUGCCUUCAAAGAAAUUUUUCAAUUAAGUGAAAAAUCAUCAAGCAGCAGUUAUAUUUGGAUUCUCUCUAAAACAAAUCAAGUUAACAGUUUAUUUUUGUUUGGAUUAUCAUCACGUGCAUCACUGAAGAAUUUGCUUUACUGUAAAAAAUUUACAACUCAAGAUUUCUAUUUCAAGCUAUUCCGAACAAAGUGCUGUUUGUCUUUCACUCCCUAUAUUAAGUGAUUAUAUUACGAGAAAACAUUUGCUUUUAUCUUUAGCAUGUAAUUUGUGUCCUCUUCAACAUUAAAAUUAUACUUCUAUAAAAUAAUUUGGGGAAAAAACAUUUUAUCCCUGUGCUUUUGACUGAAAAAAAUACUUACAUUACACAAAGAAAAGAGGUAAAAGAUUACAGAAGUUUUUUUCAACAUAUGAAGAAGACUGGGUAGAAUCUCGUCAAACAGUUUUUCCACCUGACGCAAUAGGAUCAAGAAUAACCCAAUUUAAAACUGCAUUGAUAACUGAGAAGUACCGUUUCAAAUUUAAGUGAGAAGGAGCAAGUAUCAUGAACUUCUAAAACUCAGCAGAGAAUUAACAGUGAUUUAGACGAUAUAUUGCAUAAAAACAAAUUUUUUAUAAUAAAAUUUCUAAAUGUAAUUCAUUGUCUCCUAAAUGUCAAAUUCUGCUGAAAAAUUUUGAAAAUUUACAUAUGAUAUCCAUUUUGAAUCAACCAGUGUAUAAAGAUUUUGUAAUCGAAAAACAAACCGAUUCGAUGCAUUAAAAUGAAACUUGAGAUGGGAACCAUGUCAACACCUUCUGAUAGAGAUAUUUACAUAAUAAAUGAAGUGAUUGCUUCUCCCAAAAAUGAUCAGCCUAUCGAUUUAAGGGUGAGAAGUGUUAUUCAACGAAAUAAUAAUUGCAAUAAUUAUAAUGAACGACAGGCGUUUAGAGAAAGACCAAGGGAAAACUUGAUUCUUGCUUCCCUGCUUACAAAAACACCAUCUCAUCCCACACAAAUCCAACAAAAUUCCAGCCUUCAGCCAUAUACCUUUCCUAAGUUAGAGCAAAAUGCGAGGAAUUGUUCAAGAUCCUUGACUUCUAGAGACAUGUAUUUGAAUAUUAUUCCAGCAUAUUAUGGCAUACCUCAACCUCAGUUCGAAGGAGACACAAAACAAAGCAUUGUUGAAAAAUUAAACAUAAAUCGUGAAUUAACAGAUGAAUUUUCAGAUCAUAAAUCAUGGAACAUAAACGCCUGUCGGGAUCAAAGUUCUGCCAAUAUUUCUUCAUCCAUCCGCAGCAUAAAUGUUCCAUCCACAAGUUUCAGAAGUGUAGCACCUGACAUCGGAAUGGGAAUAUGGUCCAAUUUCCACAAUGGAAAAAAUAUACUUCCAAAAUACUGGAAAUAUCAUACAAAGUAUUCUAACCAGCCAUCAACUUCUCGGACAGUUCCUGAAAGAGUCGUUCAGAAUCAACGAAAUUCAAAUCCUGAUCAAUAUUCUAUCAUAAGAGAGCGAUUAACCAGUAACCCCAUAAUUCAGCCACCUCAAUCUUCUUUUAAUAAUUCAGGUCAGACAAGUAGCCGUUUGUACAGGCUUUUACAAAAAAGACCAACGGAGCAUACACAGUCUCUUAAAAGAAAGCUGUCAUAUUCAGUGGAUACCACUCAAAAUGAUACAACGAAUCAUAAAACUCUCAGGGGUUUGCUAUCAACUGGAAAAAAAUCACCUCCAACUAAUGAAAAUCAUUUUCAGAAUCGUUCAUUUUAUCAACAGGGACAAAUGGAGUACCACAUCAAAACUGAAAUAAAAACUGAACCACCUGACGAGGAUGAUGAAAUUCAGGUGACAUAUCAGCAACCCACGCAUGCUAGAUAUCAUCAAAAAGUCAAUGUACCAUCACAAGUUAUGUAUUAUCCUAAUGUAAUUCGUACUACACCAUCUAACGUCUUGAAAGGUCUAUUAGUAUCAAAUUGUAAGACAACUCCUCCUGCACCAAAGCUAAGAAACAUAUUACCAAGACCAGGCAACAUACCUCUUUCUGCACAGGAUCCUUCAAGACCAACGAGUGUUUUAGUUGUACCUAGAGCCCCAAGUGCAUCCUCCUCCUUACCUUUAAGUACUCUAAUUCAAUCGAGACCCUCUACUGCUCUGCCAACAAGAUCUUCAAGUAUUCUUCCGGUGACGAGACCUCGAAGUAUUUUACAAACAUCAGCAUCAACUAAUAUUUUAUCGUCGUCAGGGCCUCCAAGUUCCGGUUCUCCUGGGAGCGAGUCAACAUCGAGUGGAAGCACAGAUUCUGGUGUCUUCAGCGACAACCUGACGGAUGACAGACGAAGAUUGAAUCGAGUCAUGAGUGGACGGCAUGUGAAAACUGGUACUGGAGCUAGUAUUACAACCCUAAGGCUUUUACGCCAAAUGAUAAUCGAUCGAAAAAACAAAACCGAUCGAAAAUUAUAAUAAAAUUCACAAUGCAUUUAUUUAUUAAACAUAACUCAUACUUUAAGAGUUCCUAUAAUAGAGAAAAGAUGAGAACUAUUGAGAGAUCAUAUAUUUCAUCAUGGCACAUUCAUUGUGUUACACGACUUCGAUCAAACAUAAUGUCAAGAUAAAUGUGAAUUGUGUUAGAACAACACAUUUGUUGCCGUUUCUUCUUAAAUAAAAUUCACAAUAAUCAAAAUUAUUUCUUUCAUGAAAUUUCUAAGGAUAAAACAAAUUAUAUUUAUUAUGCUCUUUAUUGGAUUUCUGUUCGUGAAAAUUUACCCAUAAUAACUUACCAACAUGUGAAUUAUCAGUACUUAAUAUACAGAAUUCUUUCUUGGCUUCUCUAUUGAAUUCUCUGGCAUAACUGUUAGUGAAGUCACUGAGUGCCGAAGGAAAAUUUAAUCUUUUGCUCGUAUCAUAAAUUUUUUAAACUGGACGAAGUUUAAACACUUUCAGAUAUCACAUUUAGUAAUAAUAUAGUUCCAUUUUUUAUAAAUUAUAUUCUAUGUAUUUUAUUCCAGAACAAGACUGAAAGUAUAACCUUGAGAUAUAACCUGUUGAGGUAUUUAAAUAUGUAUGACAUUUGAUUUGAUUUGUGCAAAUGUGUAAAAAGUUAAUAAAUAAAUGAGUUGAUAAUUAAAUUUUAGCACAAGGGAAAUUUUAAAGUAUAUCGACAUUUAGUUGGAUCAGCGAAAAAAGCAUUUUAAUGAUUUCUAAGGAAUAAAAACCAUUAAACUUUAUCUAAAACUUAAAUAAUAAAAUGUAAUAUUGAAACAAGACUGAAAAAUUCUGUAAUCGAUACUAUUGCAAAAAUAUCGACCGUUUUUCUAUAAUUUUGAAAAAAUGCUGAUAUGAAAAUUUUGGCGAUUCCUUACUUAUUUUGUCUUGGCUUACUUUCUUUUUAUGCUUUAUUAAACAUAUAAUAAAAUGAAGGAAUUCAUUAAAUCAAUGGAACUUUUCUAAACCCUUUCAACACGCUUAAAAAUAUUUUUUGAAUGUCAAAUUAUUCAUAUUGUAUUUCAUUUGCAGUACCGAUAUUUCUAGUGAAAAUAAAAAGUCACACAGACUGUAACAAUUUCAACCGUAACGGCAAUUAGUUGAAAAACUUCAAUUUGGAGCUUAAACAGGGUAUUGACAAUGAAAUCUACUUAUCUAGUUAAUAUAAUAGCUUUUAUUGUGGAGAAAUACGAAUCCUGCUUAUAUCUAAAAUAUAAAUAUUGUGACAUUUCCUUUUUCUUUUGCUUCUGCACUGGUGACUUCCUAACGGCAACAGUAAAUUUAUUUAUUAACAAAAUGGAUGUUGAAUUAUGUUUGAUUUUCAGGAGCAUUUCAUUAUAAAAAGGACUUGAUAUACUAUCACUUGACAAACAAUUGAAUCCCCCCUUUCAUGCAGUAUUUGUACGUAGAACAAGUAGCAGGGCUUUUUAACGAUAUAUAUGUGUGUUAUAUAUACAAAUUCCAAAGGAAAGAAAUGUACUCUUAUUUCUUGCCUUUACUCUGUGAAUCUUAUGCAUUUAUUUUAUUAGAUAGUCUGUUUUUCAGAAAUAUACAUAAGGAGAUUAAAUCUCAAAAACAUACAAUGUGAUCUAAAAUUCGAGUCCUUCAGCAUUUUACUUAACAAUAAAUGUUAGCAUUUGAUGACAGUACCAAAAGAUAUUUAUAAAUUAAGUUUACGGAACGAAAUGUAUUCUUUAUAAAAAAAAACAUUUCGUUACUCAGUUGCAGGUGUUUGCAAUAACCUAAUCUGCCCAUAAAAGGCAGUAUGACAAAUCUACAUCAAAAUACAUUCUGUUUUUUGGUACAUCUACAUAUAAAUGCUACAUUAUGACUCUAGGAUUAUUACCAUAUUUCUCGUGAAAGAUUUAGUACUUUUUAAGUAUUUUUUUAAUUCUUUUUAAAUGGAAAUUUAAUGAAAAUAACUAUAAAGUAAAAAGUCAGAAGCCCUUUAUUAUUCGAAUUAUUUUCUAAAAUUAAUGCUUCGAUACUCAUACAAUGGCUUAAAAAUUGUGAAAAACGAAUCAAGAUAUUGUAAUAAUAUAGGGUAGGAUAAUUCUAAUGCUUGCAGCAAAUAUCUGAAGAUACUUUUAACAUAUACAUAAAAUAACAUUUUAACACUACUUUUGUUUUGUUACUCCUGUUAACCAUUGCUUAUUUUUGCUUUUAUAUUAAUUGUUAAAAGGCGCAUCUGAUCGAUCACAUUGCAUUUGAUAUGUGAUUUUUUUAACUGAAAGGCAACUUAUCAAGAUAAAUACCAAUUGAUUAAAAAUUUUAAUUUCAGAAAUGCUGCCAUUUAUGGUUGAAGAAUGAUCCAACUCUGGAUUCACUGAAAGCCACAGUGAAGAAGGAAAGUACGUUUUUGCUGACUGUUAACUAACUUUUGCUAAAUAUUUAACAACUAAACAAGGAAAAAAAGUUAUUUGCUCAUUCAAUAUUAAUGCAUAUCAACAAGCUCAAUUUUAAUACAGUCGAUUUUUUUAGUAAUUUGUUAUAAAAAAAAUUUCAACAACUGAAGUAUUAUUUUUAUUGCAAUUCUUACAAUAAAGAGAAUACAUUAAAUUAAAAUAAGUAAUCAAUGGCAUAGUUUUAAAAGCGAUGUGCAUUUUUUUACAUCACUUUUAUUACUUUCGGGUGAGGUUUUUACAGUGUGACAAAGUAAGAUUGAUAGACUUACAAAUUGCGUAUGGUAUGGGUAUAGUAUAAUGUAUCUGUGUUCAUUGUUAUAUAAAUGUUUAUUCCAUUUUGCAUAUCAAUAUGUAACAAACUAUACAAAUUUGAUAAUUACAACUUUUUUACUCUCUAUUUGUGGAAAAGGUCUGAUCUAACAUAUUCCUAACCUUUAAUGUUGUAAAAUUAUAGUUGUAGAUAUAGAUCACUAGAAAUGCUUUUUACUAACCAGUCUUGUGCUCUUUGUAAAUCCAAAAGUAGAGAUGCGCGUUGAAUUUAAUUCAGUUUGAAUAUUAAUUUGCUCCUAGAGAUUCAUUUACACUACAUUAACAUUUAGCAUUUUGGAGGGUAAAAUGCCGUUAUUUGUAGAGUCUACCUAUCCAACUGCAUGUAGAAUGCUUCAGUUCGUAUUUAUCCAUAUUUUCCAUUUCAAGUAUUAAAUCUCUCUACUUUUGGAUCAUAUCUAUGUUCUGUGUAUGGUGCAAUUUGAUAUCUGCAAACGCCAUGAAGACUGACUUUCUUUUAUUAAAUAUUUCUUAACAAUUGUUGAAAACAAUUUCAGUAAACAUUUUGUAUCUUUUUGUUCAUCUACAUAGUACAACAUUAUUACAUUUUUAAUUGUUGAUUAUAUAGCAGAGUAUCGAAAUGUCAGACUACCUCUCAUCUAAAUCUGUAUGAAUUUUUCAUUUAUGCGGAUUAAUGAGUUCCCUAGGAAACUCGAUAUCAUCAGUUUAAUUAAUGUCGUUAAGGUUUAAAAUUAUUUUAUUCAUCGAAAAAGUGAAUGAAGUAGUGUUUACGAAAUAUUACUAUGUAUGAAUUAAAGAUGCACAUAACAGUGCAAAAUAAUGAAAGCAUAAUUUUUGACACUUUUCAAUUGCAAACAUUUUCAAUUUUUUUUUUAUUAAUUUAUGUGAAUUUUCAACGUUGCACCAUACUGACUUUUCAAGUUUUCGAUGCUCUGCUGUGGUUACAGCAAUUCCUUGUUUGAGUAUACUGUUAUUUUUGAAUCGUUUUGUUAAGGAUUUCAGUUAUUUAUAAAUUUACUCUGGUGUACAUAAUGAAGUUCGUGAAAAAUUGCAUCUUUUACCGAUUUUGUUGGCAUAAAUACAUGUCUGAAUGACUUAACUGAUUGUAUUCUUGAAUAAUAACUUUGUAAACUC